AUGAUACCGCAAGACGUGAUCGAAAAAGCGCUAUCCAGAGCCCAAGAAAGCGCAUCACAUAGCUGGGAACACAGCACAGUCUUCGAAGCCCUCCUCGAAUACCGCAAUCCACCCUACAGCGUCUUCUCCCCGGACCCAUUUCCAAACGGCGAAACGCCAAGACUGAAGAUCGAAGACAUCGACGCCCUACGCUAUGUAAGGCCGCUGAUCCGGACCGAUACCCCAACGCUCAGCGAAGACAACGGCUCAUCAGCAGACCCAGCAUCCCUGUGUCUCCCCGCCCUGCUCCUCUCCCUCUCGCCAUCGCUCUCCCCUUCCACCCAGACCACCUAUUCCACCGCGCUAUCCCGCCAACUCCACCAACUCCUAAAAGAAACAGCGCGUUUCCCAAACGGCGCCUUAUCCCACCGCACAACCCACCCCUCACUAUGGUCCGACUUCAUCUACAUGGCACCCCCCAUCCUCGCCUACACGGGCGUCUCUACCCACAAUCCCUGUCUCCUCCAUGAAAGCGUGCGCCAGUGCGAAUCGUACUGCGAGAUCCUACGUACACCAUCGGGUGCUUGGCGCCACAUCGCCAAUCUCACCUCUUCUUCUACACCGGAGAAAGUAAAACAAGACAGCGGCGCAUGGACCACGAGUAAUGCGUGGGCAGCCGCAGGCAUGGCACGUGUACUAGCUACCCUGCUCCACUCUCCCUUUGCAGCACACACGACGGCAGAGCAGACCUCGCUUGUUGGUAUGAUUAAAGGUAUUGUAGAUGCGGCGAGGAGUGUGGAUACGCAUCCUUCGCGUUUGCUGCGCAAUUAUCUAGAUGAUGAGACUGCGUUUGCAGAGGUGGCGGGCACGGCGUUGAUGGCUGCGGCCGUGUUUAGAGUCGCGGGCUUGGAAGGCGCGGGGGAGGUGCUUGGGGGUGGGUAUACGGCGUGGGCGACGGAGAAGAUGCGGGCGGUGGCGCAGCAUGUUGAUGUGCGGACGGGGGUUGCGGCACCGGUUGUGAACUCGCUGAAAGAGAGCCAGCAGAUGCCUCCGGGAGAGAUCAAUCCCGAGGCGCAGGCGUUUGUUGUUUUGCUGUUUGCUGCGUGGCGGGAUUGGAGUCAAGCUGAAUCAUCGAAAGGGGGUUAUUUCCUAGACCAACUGUGA